UACUACGUAAGAAAUCUCCUCCAUUAAUAUUUAGGAGAUUUAAAAUGUAUUUUUCAGUAAAAAUGCUUUUCAAAAUUCAAAUUUCUAAACCUGCGCCAAAAAAGCUGUUUCUGUAAUGGCUGCCGUCACGUGACAUUGUGACGUUUCAAGCAAGUAAACAGUUAUCAAAAACAACUAAAAUCAGUACCUAUUAUAUGUAUUUUAUUACUUUGGUCUAUUUAUCAGAUAAAAUGGUUUAUAAAUGGUGUGUAGUGCCACAAUGUACAAGUACAUCUAUACAUACUCCACAAAAAGUGUUCGUUUCCGUUCCAACAAAUCCCAAAAGACGUAGAAAAUGGUUACAGUUAUCUCGAAGAGAUCCUAACAGCAUUUUAUCGCACACAAAUAUUUUUAUGUGUGAAGAUCACUUUGAUAUGGAAAAAGACACAACUAACUAUAUGAGGUACACCAUGGGCUUCAGCAAAAAAAUAUUGUUAACAGAUGAUGCUGUACCAACAAAAUUUUAUUGUCAGGGUCGCAAAAGACAGCUAUCUGAUGGUGGACCUGGAUCUUCUCGAGAAACAUCAAUUAAAAGGCAAAGACUUGACAUUGUCAAAAAAUGUCUACAAAGUGAAAAUGCUACUGACAUCCAUGAAGAAAGCUUACAAAAAGAUCAGAAUGAGUUAAGAGAAAUUGUUGAGUCUGAAGAAUUGCCAAAGUCUCAAGAUAAAGGAACAAUAACCGACCUUAUCAUGUCUGUAGAAAAAUCUGUUCAAGUAACAACAAAAGUGAAUUUACAUUAUAGGAGCAAAGCGGUGCAAACAAAAUGGCAAUAUAAGAGUAUUUCUACUUCACCGUUCAAAGUUUCCACGACUUCACGUUACACUUCACCCUUUAAGAUUCAACCGUAUCGUCUUCAAGCAUCACAAUAUGGAGUCACGAGAAAUAUUUUACUUGAAGAUGAUAGGUCAGAUAGCGAUAUUUCUAAUUUUGAAAGCCAACGUGGAUCACCUUCCGUAGUAACAUCAUCAAGGGUCACCGACUCCGAUAGUCAUCUUACAGAUACCAGUGAGGCUAUUGAACAAUUAAAGUGUCUCAAAAGUACUAUUGGUUUAAUUCAUAAGAAACCUUUGAUG